AUGGCAGCCGGCACAGCGGUAGGAGACCUCAACAUGGAGGAACUGGUGGACCAGGGUCUGGGAAUGGAGGAGACAGCCCACACCCUGCUGAGGAGGCCCUCGCUGAAGGAGACCUACCACAGGGACUCCCUGCUGGCCCCUGACACAGACUUCAUGACAGAUGACCGCAGCUCAGUGGCCAGUGGCCUGGACGUGGCUGACCGCCUGACCUAUCUCGAGCAGAGGAUGCAGAUGCAGGAUGAUGAGAUCCAGCUACUGAAGAUGGCCCUGGCCGAUGUCCUGAAGAGGCUCAACAUCGCCGAGGAGCACCACGCCGUCACUGCCGGCAGGAGAGCAUCCGGUGCCAAGGUACGGCCAGUAUCUCUGGCGUUGCCCCUCCGACCACCCAUGGGAUCUUCCAUCGCUGCCUCUCUGAAGAAGAGCACCACACUACCCUCCACCCCCACGGGCAGGAACUACAGCCCAUCACCAACACCUUCAAAGAGUGGUGUGAGGAGCCCAGCAGGCAGUGUGAAGGACAGUCCCUGUAAGACCACCAAAGCACGGCCCACCCCUGCAGCCACAUCCUGCAAGAGAGCUCCUGACAGCAAGGCCAAGGAGCCCUUGGUGACUCUUGGGACGAGGCGUGUGACGCACUGCAAAGUGACUAUGCAGAUCUAUCUGAGCCCCCUCGCAAGAAGGACUGGAUCUUCUGAGACCGCCAAGUCAGCCUCCACCGUGCCCACUGACAGCAGCGCGACAGGCACGCCUGCUGUCCCCCAGGCCAAGAGGGGCACGAAGACACGGAAAACAACCCCAACCUUCACCCUAAAUCUCCAGAAAACCACCACCUGCCAGACCCCACCGCUGGACGCCUCCAACUACAAAAGUCCCCUCAAAUCCCCCAGCCAGUACUUUCAGAUCUGUUACUGA